CAUGAAGGAAGUGUUGAUGGUGGCGGAGAAGCCACAAUUAGCACAGUCUCUUGCUAAAAUUCUGUCCCAUGGAAGCCUGAGGUCUCGACGCGGAAUGAAUGGAGCGUGCAGUGUCCACGAAUACACGGGGACGUUCCGGGGACAACAAGCCAAGUUCAAGAUGACAUCAGUUUGUGGUCAUGUCUUUGGCCUGGACUUCCAUCCUCGUUUUAACAACUGGGACAAAGUUGAUCCGUCCGAGUUGUUUGCAGCCCCCACCGAGAAAAAGGAGGCAAAUCCUAAUCUUCACAUGCCAAAGUUUCUCGCUAUAGAGGCCAAGGGAUGUGACUAUCUUGUACUGUGGCUAGACUGUGACAAAGAAGGUGAAAACAUCUGUUUUGAGGUUAUCAACAGUGUUGAUGGAGUUAUGAGGAGGCCAGUGGGAAGAGAACAGGUCGUCUUCCGUGCUAAAUUCAGUGCUAUCACGGACACGGACAUCAGACGGGCCAUGAACACCUUGGUCGAACCCAACAAGAAUGAAGCAAUGUCUGUCGACGCCCGACAAGAACUGGAUCUUAGAAUCGGAUGUGCUUUCACCAGGUUUCAGACUAAGUACUUUCAGGGUAAAUAUGGUGAUCUGGACAGUACACUAAUAUCCUACGGACCAUGCCAGACACCUACCCUAGGCUUCUGUGUGAACAGACAUGAUAAGAUCCAAUCCUUUAAGCCUGAACCAUUCUGGGUUAUUCAAAUACAGGUAUCUCACGAUAGUGGAAGGAAAUUCAACCUAGACUGGGAUCGUGUGAGGGUCUUUGACAGAGAGGUAGCGCAGAUGUUCCUCAAUAUCAUCAAAACACAGAAGGAUGCAAGAGUAACCUCAGUGUCGCAGAAAGAGAAAUCUAAACAGCGCCCCCAGGCUCUUAAUACUGUAGAGUUGAUGCGUGUGGCGAGUGCAUCGCUCGGUAUGAGCCCCCAUCAUGCAAUGCAGAUUGCCGAGAGACUGUAUACGCAAGGAUAUAUUAGCUACCCUCGAACUGAAACCACAAGUUAUCCUGAGAACUUUGACCUAAAGGGAACCUUACGACAGCAGUUGUCUGCGCCUUGGAGUUCUGAGGUUAGGGUUCUCCUGGAUGGUGAGUUCACCAAACCCCGAAAAGGAACAGACGUCGGUGAUCAUCCCCCUAUAACACCAAUGAGAUCUGCUAAUGAAGGCGAGCUCGGGGGAGAGGCAUGGAGGCUGUAUGAAUAUAUUGCAAGGCACUUUAUUGCUACAGUAAGUCCAGACUGUCGAUACCUCCUCACUACCAUCCGUUUGAUGAUCGGUGAAGAAAGCUUCAGCUGUACGGGGAAGACAUUGAUCAGCGAUGGUUUCACUGCAGUCAUGCCGUGGCAAGCCAUCCAAGAUGAGGAGAACCUCCCCAACGUCACCAAGGGUGAUAUCUGCUCCAUUGAAGAGGCUAAACUCGGUGAGCGCCAGACCAGCCCUCCCGACUAUCUGACCGAAAGUGAACUGAUCUCCCUCAUGGAGAAGCAUGGGAUAGGCACCGAUGCCAGUAUACCCGUUCACAUCGAGAACAUCUGUCAGAGGAACUAUGUGAAGGUUGAAAGUGGGCGUCGCCUCGUACCCACGCGGCUUGGAAUAGUUCUGGUUCAUGGUUAUCAAAAGAUUGAUCCAGACUUGUCUUUGCCCACCAUGCGAUCUGCUGUGGAGGAGCAGCUGAAUUUGAUCGCCCAUGGCCGAGCUGACUACGACUCUGUGCUGAUUCAUACCAUAGAUAUCUUUACAAGGAAGUUCCUGUAUUUUGUAGAUCACAUCCAAGCCAUGGAUGAUCUCUUUGAGGUGUCCUUCUCUCCUCUGGCUGCUACUGGGAAACCAAUGUCAAGAUGUGGGAAGUGCCAUCGUUUCAUGAAGUACAUCUCGGCCAAGCCGAUGCGUCUUCACUGCCCUACCUGUGAAGAGACAUACAGUCUCCCUCAGAAUGGCUCCAUCAAGCUCUACAAAGAGAUCAGAUGUCCUCUUGAUGACUUUGAGCUGGUCCUGUGGUCAUCAGGACCAAAGGGAAAGAGCUACCCUGUGUGCCCGUACUGCUUCAGCCACCCCCCUUUCACUGAGAUGAGGAAGGGUCAGGGGUGCAACGGUUGCACCCAUCCCACCUGUGCUCACUCCCUAACCAUGCUGGGCGUGGCUCAAUGCAUUGAAUGCGAUGAGGGGAUAAUGGUGCUGGACCCUUCGUCGGCGCCGAAGUGGAGACUUGCUUGCAAUAAAUGUAACAUCAUAAUGAAUAUCUUUGAAGAUGCCCACAAGGUGACCUUGUCAGGUGAUACAUGUGAGAAGUGCGAUGCCUCCAUCCUCAAUGUCAAUUUCAACAAGAAUAAAACCCCUCUGGAGGGCGGUGAGACCAACCACAAAGGCUGCAUCUUCUGCGACCCCAUCCUGACCCCUCUCACCGAGGCCCAGCACGCAAAGUUCCGUCGACGACGAGGCGGAGGAGGGGGUACGGUCGGUGGUGGGAGGGGGCGUGGCAGGGGGAGGGGCAGGGGAAGAGGCAGAGGGGGAAGGGGUAGGGGGAAACCCAAGGAUAAGAUGUCACAGCUGGCUGCUUAUUUUGUUUAGAUGGGUGAGAUGUCUAUGACCUAGGGGUUCGUUGCAGGAAGAGUUUCAUUUAAACCGAACACGAACAAUGAAGCGGAUGUCCCAAAUGCACACAUCUUCUCUGUUGAGAAUCAAGUUGUGUUUGUUUGUCGGAAUUGUGAUUGAGCGCAAUUCUUUUUGCAAAGGGCCCCUUUUCAUGUUGUAAUUGCCUAUUUGGUUCUUCCUAAUUAUGUUUAAAUGUGUGUUGAUCCUGUAACACUCAUCCUAUGGUUUAUUAAGCAAUUGAGACUGUUUGUGAAACUGCCCCCUCUAUGCAUAGAUUAGAAUGAAAUGUCUUUUAUUUUUAUAUAUGUCUUUGAAUUGACCUCUCCUACAACAAUUUUUUCAAAGGAAAUGGCCACAACCGUAAAAGUUACAGAUUCAGUGGAACUUCAACCAAAUUCUGACAGGAUAAGAGUUUAGCUGCUCUCUCAUAGGUCUUCAUCUUUUUGCAAACAAUAAAAUUUUGAAUACCGAUUGGCAUGAUAUAAGCAGAGCAAUAGUUUUUACUAUUCUCCAGCUAACAAGAAAAGUGGUAUAUAUAACAAAUAUUGACUGCUCUUUUAUUGGGCAAUAGUAAAUUUUUUUUAUAAAACUUAUUACCCCUUGAGAAUAUGAACCAACUGUUUCCCUUUACUUUUGGUCGGGGGGGGGGGUAAUAAUAAGCCUAUACUAUAGUCUAAAGAUCACUUUAG